CCAUUACGUGGAUUACUAUAUUGUACAGAAACAUGCUCCGUGCAAAAAGGACUACAAAGUCUCCAUAUGCCAGGCCCGGCCGAGCUCCAGCUGCCACCAAAAAGGCCAAAGCAUCCAGGCCUACAAGCACCGUGACUCAACCGAACCAGGUCACCACUGCUACAAGCACCGUGACUCAACCGAACCAGGUCACUCCUGACGCCAUACCUCCAGCCUUAUCAAACCAGCCUACAACUUCCUCAGGAAUAGACAUCCCUGACCCCUUAGAGUUUGAGGCAUCGCCAACAAUGCUUUCUCCAGGUACUUCAGGCAGCACUAAUACAUUAUCUAAUUCAAGUGCAACAACACCAAAUUCAUUAUGUAGCGUUUCAGACGCAUUGGGCGUCCAUGUCCCAGACAACCUGAGACAAAACAUAUAUGAUAAUGCAUUCAUUCACUUGCAUAAAUUACUUCCUCUCAAACCAAAUGACGAGCCCCAGCAACAGCUCGCAUUUGUUGCUGGCGAAUUAGUGCUAAAGGCUAAGCAUAAAGAAAUCAAAAUAACUUCAACUGAAACAUGGACAAAUGCUUUCCUCAUUUUCAGCAGCAUUUACUUGACUAAGUUCCCUGAACACAUUCAAUCAAUCCUUAAAUACAUUAACAUCAUACGCACUGCUGCACAGCGAUCAUCAAACUUAAACUGGCUCAAUUAUGACAUACAGUUUAGACUAAAGCGCUCCAGGAACCAUACUCUCGACUGGGGGUGUGUCGACGCAGAAUUAUGGCUCUUGUAUGUGUCUCAUGGCCACAACACUCUAUCACAGCAAACCCCAAAUUAUACAUCUAAAUCGCCAAAAUGCUUUGACUUCAAUUACAAAGGCACAUGCGGAAGACCAUACUGCACUUAUCAACAUGCUUGCAUUAAAUGCUCCAAUAAUCACCCACUCAUAAACUGCCGCUGGCACAACAGUCAGGCAUUUCGCACAGAAAACUUUCGCCCAUCCCAAGCAGAACAUCCCCGCCAGCCCCCAAGCAGAUUUCAGAGUAGAGGGUUCCCCCCAAACCAACCAAGGCCUCUGGGACUUGGCCCCAACCCCAGUCAACGUUAACAUCCU